CAAUGCACCGCGUUGGUUUGUUGGAUCCUGGAUCAUGGACGAAAGCGAUAAUGAUCUUCAGGGAAGUGAUGGCUCUGGGAGUUUGGGUGGGCCAGAUGUCCGCAGACGAAUCCCCAUCAAACUCAUAUCCAAACAGCCCUUAAGGACCAAACCACAGCCCCGGACUCAGAGACCAGCUAGUAGGCCAUCCAAACCUCAGGCUGGAGAGGAGGAGGGCUUUGGCUUUAAGCAAGAAGAGAGGUUUGACUUCGGUUCCAAGGCUGGUGAUGUUUUUGCAAGUCAAAGAAGAUUCCCCCAGCAGCUCUACUGGGACUAUAAGUUGAAUUUGAUUGGCGAGAAGGAUGAAGUACCUGUUCACUUCUGUGAUAAAUGUGGCCUUCCUAUUCAGCUGUAUGGACGGAUGAUCCCAUGCAAACAUGUCUUCUGCUAUGACUGCGCUUUGCUUCAUGAGAAGAAGGGAGACAAGAUGUGCCCAGGUCUCACACUCUACAACUGCACAGAUCCGGUGCAGCGCAUUGAGCAGUGCCAGCGAGGUGCCCUCUACAUGUGUAGCAUCGUGCAGGGCUGCAAGCGCACGUACCUGUCCCAGCGUGACCUACAAGCGCACGUCAACCACCGGCACAUGAGAGCAGCUAAGUCCUCUGGUGGACGCCCGGAGCCCGUGCACCUGCCCCAAGCAUCUGAGGUCCCUGACCGCUUCCGCGUGCCCCCGCCUCACCUCCCCAAAAACCAUGUGCACAUGCAGACACAGCUCCAGCACGGGGGUCACGAUCCCUAUGGCCAGCCGCCGCCAGGCUCUCACGAUGCCCCGCCCCAAGCCUCAGCUCUCAGCCGCAUCGCCACGGUGACCACACGUAAACACAGCAACCUCAUCACCGUGCCCAUCCAGGACGACUCAUCAUCCUCCCGGGACCCCCUCCCGGCUGGGCCAGGCCCUGCUCAGCCUUCUCACCAUCAUCCUGGGGAGUACCCCAGCCAGCCACCCGUAGUGUCCCAUUCCCACCACAUGAUGGCACCACCUCAGCAGCACUAUGGCCCCCCACCCCCUCCUCCCCCACCAAUUAACCAUCCGAUGCAGCACCCUCCGCAGGGCUCUGGGACGCCACACAUGGUGUACAACCAGGCGCCUCCUCCUCCCAUGUCCUCAGCUCCCCCUCCAAUCACCCCUCCACCAGGGCACAUUAUGGGCCAGAUGCCCCCCUACAUGAACCACCCACCCCCAGGACCUCCGCCCCAGCACAGUGGCCCCCCAGUCAGUGCCCCCCCACCCCACCACUAUAACCCUAACUCCAUGCAGCAGUUCUCUGAAGACCAGGGUACCCUAAGCCCCCCAUUUAGCCAGCCAGGGGGGCUCAGUCCUGGGAUGUGGCCGGCCCCGAGAGGUCCCCCUCCUCCACGCAUGCAGGGCCCCCCACCCCAGGGGCAGAUGCCCGGACCACACCACCCUGACCAGGCCCGUUACAGGCCAUAUUACCAGUAACACCAAGUAGGUGAACGGGCAGUGGUUUAACUGUGUCAGUCUAAUCCAUACCACUCGUCUAAACAAUGUGAUAGUGAAACCUCAGGGUUAGAGGAAGUAGGACUGUCGUUUUGAUAAAACUGCUCUGUUGCAAAUGUGUGUGGGGGGACAUUUGAGUUACCUGUAACGAACUUGGUCAUGAAUACGCUUUAGACUCUCAGACGAGGAGGAGAAAUUUUCCUUUUUUUUUUUUUUUAAAUAGCUCAUAGUGAAUAUUUCUGUAUAUAUGUCAACUGAUUUCACGCGUAUGUACAUCGAAAGAGGUCGACUGUGUUCCAAUAAAUUUUCAACAAAAGAUCUCUAAUCUCACCCUUGCUUCAUACACGUAUGUGAAAGAUGACUCCAGAGGUAUGUGGUCCCUGACAGCAGAACUUUUUAAUACUUUAACGUUUUGGGCUACGGACAAAAGCUAUGUUUUGUGAUGUUAGAGAGAAUAUAUUUUACAAGAUGUUCAGUCAAGCAGGAUGGAAAUGAAAGAUGGAGUCUGCAUCCCUAAAUAACCACAGCGCUUAGAAAAAGAAUGACAAAGCCGUCUCGGGUCGAUAUUACGAGAGCUAAAACCAGACCACAGAAACUUCCUGUCACUACUACAGACAACUGUCCAGCAUAAUACCUGUUCUGACUUAAUGUCCUGUUACGAGUCCAUCUUAAAAUCUUUUAUUUAAGAUAGUCUUCUGGGUGUGUAUGGGUUUUUUUUGUGUUUUUCCAUUAAAUUCAUUCCACUUAUGUUUCAAUCAAGUAUUUUUGUACCCGAUGGUUUUUUCUGAGAGCUGUCAUGAGGGUUGUUUGGGACUAAUAUUUAAAAAUUGGACUCUCUUGUGUCAGACUGGUCAAGGAUUUAACAUGAACCCCAUGACUUAAACCCAUUUUACUGAUGCAAAGCAUUUUAUGAAGAGCAUCUGAUAAACAUAAUUGUGAUACAAUGGACAUUGUAGUUGUAAACAGUGAUUUUAUUGGAAAAAUAUUAACUUUUUUUUUUAAAUAUUUACUCAACUACACAAUUUGUGAAAAGGUAACGUGAACGCUCCCAAAGUUUUUUGUUUUUUUUUC